AUGGAGUUUAGCCCUCUUAGUGUGGAUGUUAAUGCUCAAUGGACCAAAGCUACCUAUGCAGGGGUUGUGGGACAAGGACAGGAUUUACCAAAGAAUUUUGAACAUUUAAUUUUCCCUCAAGCUUUGCAUGAUAUUGUUGUGGGCAAGGGGACUUGCCCUUAUGUGUCUCCUAUUGGUGUCAAGGAAGGUGAACCUGCUAUUUUGUUUACUCUAAGGAAGAUUCAAUCAUUAAAUGAGUCCAUUAAAUUUACUUUAAUAGGUAAAUUUCAGUUUGGUCACCUAAAGAUUGAUUUUGUUAGAACAUUUUUUUAUGACCUUCAGCUCACCGGUGCAUGGAAACUUGGGUUGAUGGAUGGAAGACAUCUUCUAAUCAAAUUUUCCAAUGAGGAGGAUUAUGCCAGAGUUUUUGCAAAGCAAACACUUUUGGUAGCUGGAACCCUAAUGAAACUGUUAAAAUGGACACCUAGUUUUGACCCAAGUAAAGAUCCUCCCAUUGUCCGAAUAUGGUUUAAACUUCCUAAUCUCCCAAUACAAUAUUAUCACCAAAAUGUUUUGUUCAACAAUGGUAAGACACUUGACUAUCCUCUGAAAGUGGAUGCUCCAACUUAUAAUUUAACAAGGCCAACUAGGGCUAGAGUACUAGUGGAAAGAGACAUAACAUUACUAGAUGUGAAGAGAGUUUGGAUUGGAACUCAGGAGGAAAGAUUUUGGCAAAAUACUGUGAUGGAAAAAAGACAACUAUUCUGCCCUCAUUGCAGAAUGUUUGGGCAUAACUUGGAAAAAUGUUAUAGGCUUCAUCCACCUUCCAAAAAGGUUGCUGCCCCUCUAAAGGUCACUCAAGGAGGGGUUGAACCCUCUUUGGAUAAAAAGAAAAGAAGAUCUACAGAAGAUGCAAGUAAUAUUAUUACUAGAGGCAAUGAAUGA